UCUUGUUAAAAGCACAAUUACUGCUCAUCCUUAUUUUUAUUUAUUAGUAGUUGAUUUUGUGUCUUCAGAGCUUUACUCCUCUUCUGCAAGAACCCAGAAACCGUUGAUCAGGAUUACUCAGCCCGCCUCCCGUGGACCGUUUCAGGGGAGGUGCUGCUGGGUGUUUCCUCUGCUGCCUCUCAGACAAGUAGCUCUCGCGCUUAGCUGGUUAGUUAGUUGGUUAUUGAAACAGCCAAAAUGACUAGUCUUACUGCCAAGGACAAGGACACCGUCAAAGCCUUCUGGGGAAAGAUUUCUCCCAAGGCAGCAGCCAUUGGAACAGAUGCUCUUGUCAGGAUGCUGUCGGUUUACCCACAGACCAAGACCUACUUCUCCCACUGGAAGGACAUGAGCCCCGGCUCUGCUCCAGUGAAGAAGCACGGAGCCACGGUGAUGGCUGGAGUAGCUGACGCUGUGGCUAAAAUCGAUGACCUCACUGCAGGUCUGCUCAACCUGAGCGAGCUGCACGCCUUCAAGCUGAGAGUGGACCCGGCCAACUUUAAGAUUCUUGCCCACAACAUCCUUGUGGUUUUGGCCAUCAGCUUCCCCAAAGACUUCACCCCCGAGGUCCACGUGGCCAUGGAUAAGUUCCUGGCUGCCGUGGCUCUGGCUCUGUCUGAGAAGUACAGAUGAACGCCUGGAGAGGAGAUCCAGACACCUGAAUUCACCUUGUGUGAUCAAUAAAUGCAUGGCUGAAAAAGAAAAAAACGCAAAAUGUUGACUUCUGGUUCUUUACUGAAGAUUUGUGUUCUGUUUUCGCAGAAAAGAUGCAAUUUUUAAGAGAAGAAAGGUUGCAAUAUCUUGGUCUUGUGUGAA